AGGUUGUCUUUUCGCGGUGAACUCCCACCUGUUCUUACUUCUCUUUUUCUUUGCUGCUCGUCAACGCUAGACUCCCUAUAAUGAAUGCCGGUUUCUUGUCUGUUACUUCUAAUGGUCACAACCUUCCGAAUGGCUUGCAAUCCCAUGAAGAUCCCACAUCGCCUUCUGGUUCAUUUACACACAAUACGCGUAGCGAGUACGGUUCAGCUCACCCUUCAUCUCAAGGCCGCGACCCCACCUUCGAUCAAAAAGUAGUCAACCAUUUAUAUGAGUCGGGCUUCCAACGAGGUGUGAGUAUUUUCUCGGGAUCAUUACUCCAUUCUGUUUGAUAAAACUGUUCAGGAAUACGCCGACACUAUUCUUCACGUACACCAAACCGUUUAUCGACUACAUGCCCUAGUACUAUCCCGCUCACCCUUCUUUGUGCAACUCAUGUCUACUUCGCCUCAAGUUGUCGCACCGCUUGCCCCUCGUACCAUAUAUGUCUCGAUAGAACAUGAACCGGAGAUAACGCAAGAGGGAUUUGCCAUAGCUUUGGGUUAUCUCUAUUCAUCAUUAUCACUAAAUCUAAUACGCCCCGACAACGCGCGCUCCGUCCUUGCAGCAGGUUGUUUACUCGGGGGUAUGGAUAAUCUAUGCGAGUAUGCCUAUGAAACCUGCAGGCGCUCUAUAUCUGUUGAUACGAUUGAAACUUGGCUUGAUUUCACUGAGUCGUUGACCUUUUCAUUUUCAUCCUCAAAUGGAGAUUCGCCCGACAUAUCUCCUGUCAGGAUUUUCGGCCACUACGCUCAACGUCUCCGAGAUGAUAUCUUCCACUUCCUGGUAGUUACCCUUCCAGAAGCUCUGGAAGUGUCGUCCGACGGGACUUUGCUUCAGAAGUCGGGCAGGCGUGAGGUAUUACUCCAGAUCUUUUCGAGGGUUCCAUUCGAACUAUUUAAGGAGGCAGUCGAAUCACCCAAGUUCCAGAUUGGUUCUGACCAGUCGCGUUUCAAAUUCGCAAAAGACGCUAUUGAAAUUAGGAAGCGAGGAAUCACUCGUGGUCCUGGGUGUGAAGAGACUGUGGUUCUUGCGUUCGGAGGUGGCCACUGUGGAGGAAGCGCAGUUCACAUCACGAGGAAAAUGCGUAAGCGACAGUUGUGGAAGGUUAACUCAUAGGAUGUAUGUACCACUAUUGACGAUGUGUAGUUUGCUUAUUCGACGCAGGAACCUGAGCCCAUCUUCUCAUCCCGGGUUUCUCAUCAGAUUUCUGACCGCAAUAGCCCCAUGAAUAUGUACCUU